CUUCCCUUCCAAUGCCUUGCCGUCCACCUUGCUAAAACCAUCCUUUCACUCAUUUGUACUUCAUACCUUUCAGCAUGUUUGUCAGAGUCUUGUUGUGACCUGGUUUUUGAGCUGUAGGGCGUUGUGCAGAUACGGCUGAUAACAGGAGCACCUAUUGUAGCCCUUGUCAGUCGUGAUCGCAUUCAGCUGCGUGCAAACAACAAACCCUUCCCCAAGCAACGGACCGAAUCAGACAAAAGGUGUUUUUAUUUAGUCUUCCUCUGCACUCUCAACUGUUCCAGCAGCAGAAUCACGUACACAUCGUUCUCAAGGAAAUCGAGAUGGGAAAGCGAACUAGAUCCUCCGUCGCGUCACCCGCGACACCCGCGACCCUCUCGGACCUCCAGAAGCACGCUCACGAGCACGUCGAUGAGACAAUAGGUCUAGAAGUGCCAGAACAACUUCUUACGCCUGAGAACAGCCGCUCCGAAACCUCCAGCAACAGCGAGAACGCGUGCCCUGAGGAAAAGCCUACGCUGCGACGGACGUCUACACGUGUCACACGCUCUUCUCUACGGGCUUCGGGUACAUUUGAGGCCAGACCUGAGCAGGAAGAUGCAAUCAUCACGUCCUCGUCUGGUGAAAUGGACCCUAUUAAUUCUAGUGGGAACCUAGCCAACGGUGUCACGAAACUCAAGCGGUCCCAGUCCUCCCACCUUCGGCACAGCAUAGCGGUCAUGGAAACCGCCGUUUGGAGCGAGUCAACGCUUACACGACAUAUCAUGGAGGUUGCGGACCACCUAAUAACGCCAGAUACGCCUAUCUCCAACUCCUCCCAAGAGCCACAGCUAGAUGAUCUUAGCUCAUCACUACCGCAGCGAUCACUGAGGAAGCGCGUGGAACGGGCAUUGACCAAGGAGGAUAGUUCCAACCGGAAGAAGGAUGAAUCGGCGGCCCGCGUUGAUGAUCUCACACCAAGGCGCUCAACUCGUCUGAGUUUAUUGGAAAAGGCACCGGAUUUUGUCGAGAAGGCGGGUAGCGUCCUGGGCAAAAGGUCAAAGGAUAUGAUGGAGAAAGGGCAAAAUCUUGACCGCAGAGCCAGUCUGCGAUCUCGUAACGUCGUUGCGUCCAAGGAAGAACCCGCCUCUCUCGCGUCAAGCGAGCCUCCGGCUGCGAAGAAACGACGUGUUUCUGAAAGUGACCUGCCGUCCAAGAUCAAGGCCAUUGACGAGUCCGCUGCGCAAAGCGGCACUGCCGCCAAAGAGCCCAGGUUCAAGCCGAAGCGCUGGCUGUCUCAUGGACUGUACACUGGGCAAGAGUAUACGACGGCCCGGCCCAGCCAAAACAGAAAUAAGAACGCGAAGAGGCGAUCUCAAGGCGUUCCUUCGCAGCGAAGACUGCUGCCAAUGCCGAUGUUCGCAGGCGACCGACUGCUACAGUUGGGGAGGGAUUUCCAGCUGCCGUUCGAUAUUUACUCGCCUCUUCCGCCUGGUCAACCCAAACCUGACGAAUGGAGGAAAACCAACAAAAAUGUUUUUGUUGGAGAGGCGGGUAGUAUAUGGAGAGCCAACAAGCACAUGGAACUGUCCAAAUGCAUGUGCACAGAAGAGACAGGAUGCGACGAGAACUGUCAAAAUCGGUACAUGUUCUACGAAUGUGACGAUGGGAACUGUGGACUGGGCCCUGACUGCCGGGGAAAAUACAACAUUGGCGUGGAAGUCAUCAAGACAGCGGACCGCGGAUACGGCGUCCGCAGCAAUCGCACAUUCGAGCCCAACCAGAUUAUCGUUGAAUAUACUGGUGAAAUCAUUACUCAAGCCGAGUGCGAGAAGAGGAUGAGAACGAUAUACAAGAACAAUGAGUGCUAUUAUCUCAUGUACUUUGAUCAAAACAUGAUAAUCGAUGCUACUCGAGGCUCAAUCGCUCGCUUCGUGAACCAUUCCUGCGAACCGAACUGCCGAAUGGAAAAGUGGACUGUUGCAGGCAAGCCACGCAUGGCUCUGUUCGCGGGUGACCACGGUAUUAUGACCGGUGAAGAAUUAACUUACGACUACAAUUUUGACCCCUACUCUCAGAAGAAUGUCCAGCAAUGCCGAUGCGGUGCUUCCAACUGCCGUGGAAUAUUAGGACCGCGACCCAGAGAAAAGGAUCAGCGGUCCAAAGAGUCGAAGAUUAUUAGCCAGAAGAAUACGUCAACUUCGAAGAAGACGACUACCACUAAAAGGGUCAUUGGUACCAAACGCAAAAGCGGGACAGUGCUUGACAAUUCUUCAUCGCGGCUUAACAAAAAGCGAAAAGUUCUGGCUCCGAAAUCCAUCGCGAAACAGGUCAAAAAGGUAGUGUCGAGAGCGCGUGCGACGAUUUCCAAGUCAGCGAACUCGGGAAAGAAGAAUACAGUGAAAGUGCCGACCAAGGUUUCCAAAACGUCGGUCAAGAAGCCCGAGAGCUCAAGAUCCAAAAGCCAGGCGAAGGCUAAGGUACCCAAGCCCAAAAGCAGCGUCAGACUUCCCAAGGUCAAAACCGCCAAAACGAAAGUGAAGGCGGCAAUUCUUCCCAAGAAGAAGUCACCUAAAAUAACAGGGAAGUCGCCAUCGAAGCCGAAGGUUUCUCCUGCGUCUUCCUCGACGUUGAGUCGUCCGUCUGCGAAAGCCAAGGAGAAGAUACUCAAGGCAGCCAAAGGUUCGAAUGCUCGGAAACAGGCGACGAAGGGGAAGACAGCUGGUACGAAAUCGCCUUGCAAGAACCCCACAAGCAACAGCAUCAAAAAGCGCCCUGGGGCUACGGCAUCGACUAAACGGACAAAGGGCGCAAGCACGGAGAUGGUCCAUUCCACUUAAAAUAAUAAAGAACAGACAAACAAUCUGGCGCUAGCAGUCAGACAUCGCAACAGUAUUUCAGUUCGGCUGUUUAUUCAAUCAUGGUUGUCCAUUAGCUUCUCCUGAAGCGGUCGUGCUUUCGCUUCCUCGCUUUUAUUCCUUGAAUCUCCUUACGCUGCAGGCAAAAUUCUCUUCAGCCCGUGGAUCGGUCGUUGUUUUCGUAUUUCCUUGGUCGUCACAUGGAUAUUUCUCUGGUUUUCUCUCUGCGCUGACUGUUAUUCCCCUGUUCCACUGGUUUGAUCUAUAUGAUGGGCGUCAGGUGUAUCCCAUAUUGUCUCGACUGGUUGUUCUUGCUCGGGUGCAGACUUGGUGUUUGGAUUCAAAGGGUCUCAAGGAAUGAAGAAUACUUAAGUUUCUGGAUUCUAU